GCAGGCUGGCGCUUGAACCACAGUCCAGAGCGUGAGCUCCCGCCCGUCUGACCGCUGGAGAGCCACCGAACUACGGGGAAGCCAGAACCGAGCUGAACCGGCGCAGCAAGGUGGGACUGCCAUGUGUGACGGAGGGGUGAGUGAGUGAGGCGAUGGGCUGUACCUCGGCGAAGCAGGUGUCGGCCGUGUCCAGCGACGAGGAGGGGCGCGGCAAGGCCUACAGCAACGGGGACGUCUUCACCGAUGAGUAUAAGAUGAAAGGAGUGGAGGAGGUGAAGUACAUGUGUGGGGAGGAGGAGAGAGUGAACACACGCAACCAGGAGAACCUGGAAAAGAGUGCAAUUUCAUACAGGGGAAAACAUAAGGAGCUCACAGGAGCCAAUGGCAACAAGACAACUAUUCACACGUCAGAGAGCCAGCAGGAGUUCUUCAGGAUGCUGGAUGAAAAGAUUGAGAAGGGACGGGACUACUGCUCUGACGAAGAGGACGAAGUAACAUAGCACACUAACCUCAGAUGCUACGUGAGGGUGUGCGUGUCAGAGAGAACGUGUGUAUGCCUGCGUGUGAGGGUGCAUGCCCGUGUGUGUGUGAGCGAGAGGCAGUUUGUGCAUAUGAGAGAGUGUGUGCGCCGUGUUCAUGGGGCUUGUGUGUGUUAGUAAAAGAGUGUGAAAGAGAGAGGGAGAGUGAGUGUGCUGUGGGCUAUUGAAGCCUGCCUCCCCACAUUCCUGGCUCCUCUUCAGGACAGACCUACUCAGAGAGAGAGAGGGACGCCUGGACCCAGCUUUCAUUCCCCCUUCUGCUGGAGCUGGAGUUCACCUGUCUCUGGUUCCCCCUGCCCAGAGACACUUUUACCCUGCCCUGCAACACCUCCAACAUCUGCCCCCCCCCCCCCCGAAGGAGGAUAAGAGAGGGGCAAAGACAGGACACUGUAAGGAGGGAGGGGCAGACUGCACACCCCCCACUCCCUCCCCACUGCUAGUGAACUGAGAAUGAACUCUUGAGGGAUUCUGGGGAGGGCAGGGCAGCACAUACAGGUUUUCAGAUUUCAUUGGCUACAGCAAGAACACGAUGGGCUGUUGGAGGAAUCACUCCAGCCUUCUAAGGAACUUUUUUUUCCUUUAAAAUUGUAUCAUUUUUACAUUUUCUGUCCCUCUUUUCUGUCUGGCUUCUGUGGCAGUAAAAGCCUUUUCUGCUGGCUUGCUAAAGGUUAUAAAUGUCAAAAGGUGAAAGGUCAGGGUUCCUGUUCCCCAGGCGAUGUCUCUGUGUGUAACCCCUCUUCCUGGAGAGAGACAUGUUACCAUGACACUAAAAACACAACCUGAAACUCACACAGACACAGCAGGAACAGAUCCUUCCUGCCAUAUCCUGGUGCCAGUAUUCUUUGCUGUCUGCGGUGUCUGCACUGACUGCCCAGUAUUACAGGUCUGUGGCAGAGAUGUCUCUCUCACACACUCGCAUACACUCAUACAUACUCACACACACACGUACAUACAUACUUACACACUCAGCGUGCACACAUUCAUGUACACGCUAACGCAUACACACACUCUUACACUAAGCCCACCAGCAGAGCGGGCUGCACUCAGAGACAACGUCCUGAUCUUGCUUCUGUUGUCAUGAUUA